UAGUGGUUGUUUAUUGGGAAACAGAUAUGAGUAAUCCUAAUAUAUGUGGAAGUACAAGUGGGAAUGAUAAUACAAGUGGUUCAGGAAAAAGGGUGAGAGGCCAAAGGGGAAGAACUAAGGCUCAUGAUAUUAUAAAUAUUCCAGAUGGUGAGAGAAUACAAAUUGAAGUAAAUGAGUGGGGACAACCAUGUGAAGGCAAGUCAACAGCGAAAUUAACUACAUGGAUUGGAACAUUAGCAAGGAAUCAUCUAUAUUGUCCGUUGACAUACCCUAAGUGGACAAACAUACCACAAUCAUAUAAAGAAGAUUGUUGGAAAGAAAUAACGGCCAAAUUUAUCAUCCCUGAAGUUUGCAAGACAUGGUGCUUAGAUAGAUUAGCUAAACGGUUGAAGGACCAUAAGUGUGACUUGAAGGCUGAGUACUACAGUAAGUAUGAUUCAUCCUCUGAUCAGAGGAAAAAUAUUGAUCUUCAACUUACACCAUUGGAGCAAUGGGAUGCGCUACUGAAGUUGUGGGAUGAUAAAAAGCAUAAGGAACUUUCUGAUCGUAAUAAGAAAAAUAAGUCCAAACAAAAAAUGCGUCAUAGAUGGGUAGAACUUCAUAUGCCAUCAUACGUGAAAAAUUGCUUAACGAGGACCCAGAGAAAAAGCUUCCAAAUCGUAUCAAAAUAUUUGACUUCACCCAUGAAAGGCCUGGAUGUUCUAUGGAUGACGAGUCUGCGAAAAAGUUGGAAAAAAUGCAGCGUGAACUAAGUUUGCAACUUGAAGAAAUGCAAUAGGACAAUGAUGUUAUUGAUGAAACCUUCACCAAAGUAAUGGGACGUGAUAGACGUGGAUAUGUGCGCAUGUUUGGGCUUGGAGUAACCCCAAAACAAGUGUUUGUUUUAGAAGGACUACGUGCUCAGAGGCAAGGACAACAUAUCUCAGAAUUAAAGUUAGAGAAUAGCCAAUUGAAAGAGCAGAUUUCUCAACAAAAUGUGGAGAUGAAUGAGAUGAAGUCUCAAAUAGCUAUGCUUAUGCAAUUCAUGACAUCAUUCCAAUCUUCUCAAGGAUAGGUAUAAUAUAUACUUUAAUUUCUAUACAUUCAUAAUUGAGUUAUCUAUAUAUUAUAUCUCUGGUGGAUGUAUCUUCAUGACCAUAAUGAUUCCAUAUGUAACAAUCUAUGAUAUGUUUGUUAAUGAUUGAUGUAUCAUACUCCAUUGUAGUGACAGUCUAGAGUUCA